GAGGCUGACAGAGGUUUGUUCUUGGGUGCAGCAAGAAGAUGCGCAUCAGCUACAAGCUUAAUUUCGAGUACGGUGGAGGUAGCGGGAGUGAGGACCAGGUUCCAAAGCGGAAGGAGAGCGGCGCCGCGCAGAAUCAAAGCCAACAAGCUGCCGGGGCUUCCAAUGCGCUUGCUCUUCCGGGUCCAGAAGGUUCUAAAAUUCCACCAAUGGAAAAGUCUCAAAAUGCUUUAACUGUUGGUCCAUCAUUACGACCUCAAGGAUUAAAUGAUGUUGGUCUACAUGGAAAAGGCACUGCUAUUAUCUCUGCUUCUGGAUCAUCAGACAGGAAUUUGUCUACCUCAGCCAUUAUGGAAAGACUUCCAAGCAGGUGGCCACGUCCUGUGUGGCAUCCUCCAUGGAAGAACUACAGGUGA